AUGUUCGCACGCAAUCGUUGCGACGAGGUCGCCGAUAAGGCAAUCAAGCUGACGGCCCGCGAGCGGCGCUUCAUCAAGUUCGCCUCGGUUGAGUUCGACGGUCAGAUCUACAUGACGCCGCAAGACUUUCUGGAGUCGGUCGUCGAACAAGAGCCACGACCUCGGCUGAAGCGGAAAUCGUUGACACCGGAGGAGGUACAGAAGCUGAAAGAUGUCACGCCACCGCUCAAGAACGGAUCUUCUCAACUAUUUCGCAGCUUGCGCGAUAAGGGAAUAAUCUCCUACACGGAAUAUCUGUUUUUGCUGUCAGUGCUAACAAAGCCACAUUCUGGAUUCCGAAUUGCUUUCAAUAUGUUCGAUACGGACGGCAACCAGCGAGUGGAUAAGGAUGAGUUCCUUGUGAUUCGUCAGCUACUCGGAGGAUCACUCAAGGAUCGCGACCUAGACGACGCAACCCGAAAAGCUCUUCUACGUCUGGUAUCGACCAAUGCCCAAGCCAAGUUUUUGCUGAGACAAUUCCGGCCCGACUCUAAGGCGACAUCAUCUUCGGCCAGAAAAAGUGACGACAGCACCGACGAUCAUCACCAGUCAGCGUCAUCAAAGAAUAGAAAAAGUUUUAUGGAGAAGAUUUUCAGCUUUGCCUGGAAGGGAAAACGUGGCAUCGAGCCCAAGGAAGGUGAAGAAGCGGGUGAACACGACGACUACGUCGACGACGAGCAAGGUCUCCAGAGGAAGCACAAGGUCGACACCACGCUGCAGGUUCACUUUUUCGGCAAAAAGGGCAAUCAGGAUCUGCAGUACGAUGGGUUCUACAACUUUAUGAAGAAUCUUCAAACGGAAGUCCUGGAACUGGAAUUUUGCGAGUUCUCCAAGGGACACGAACGUAUUUCCGAGGUUGAUUUCGCCAAAAUUCUGCUGAGAUACACUUAUUUGGAUACUGACGAAUACGACAACUACUUGGAUCGUCUACUGGAUAGAGAAGCCAAGGAGAAGGGAGUUUCGUUCGACGAAUUCCGUCAGUUCUGCCAGUUUCUGAACAAUCUGGAUGACUUUUCCAUCGCAAUGAGAAUGUACACACUUGCUGAUCAACCAAUUUCGAAAGACGAGUUUUCCCGUGCCGUCAAGAUUUGCACCGGAUCGGUGCUGAACAAGCACCUGAUCGACACGGUAUUUGCCAUCUUCGACGAAGACGGCGACGGACUGCUGUCGUACAAGGAAUUCAUCGCCAUCAUGAAGGACCGUCUGCACCGGGGAUUCAAAUCGAACGUGAAAUCCGAAGGCUGGGAGGCCUUCAAACACUGCCUCAAACAGGAAAUGAAGCAAAACGUAUAAGUAUCUUCCCAUCAGUGUUUUACUUGCCCAAUUACCCUCCAAAAUAUUAUAUAUCUCUACCUUGAACUGUGUUCCUUACCUCUUGUGCAAUACUUUGAAUACUAUCAGUAUCAAUGAUUAUUCGAUAAAUCAAAGCUAAUGAGAAACAAAAACAAAAGUCAGUUUAUGUUUGACACCACUGUAUGAGUUGAUUGUUCAAGAGAUCGUUCAGUUUCUAAAACUGUAUUAGUGAUUCUAGUUAAAUUGGCAUUGUGCUAAAUUAUUUAUUCGUAAAACAAACUUCAUCAUUACUCAUCGAUAUUCGCUUUCAAAGCUAGUCAAAUUGUUAUGUUUUGAACAUUAGCAACAAAAAUUAAGUUAUUCUUUCACGGAAAAAAAAACUAGCUCAUAAACUAUCGUUAUCGAACAUGUUAGGUGUUAAUCAAAUUCACAUCUUCAAGAUUUUGGAAAACCAAAUCUUUUAAAACGCUUUUAACAUAACAAUAAAAAAAUCACAUUUUACUCAACGCCAAACGUUUUAAGCUGCAUUUUAAACCUUCCCCGACCCUUUUCAUUCGUUGAAAGUUGGCACAAAAAUCGGAAUGUUAAAUAAAUUAUUUGAACC